AGUACAACACAAAAGUGAAAAGACAAGGAAAAAAAAUACAGAUAGAAAUCUCUCAACCAAACAUGGUCAAGUCAACCAUCGUCUCUUCCGUGCUCCUUCUUGUUUUCGCCGUGGUUUUGAAGCCGGCACUUGCGGCAGUCGAACCAGCGCCAGGAUACGACGUCUCCCUCGAGGCAUGCAUCAAGAAAAUGACUCAGCCGUGCGGGCUGGAGCUCUUCCACAACAUCUUCCACGACGGCCCCGACGUGAGUGAAUCUUGCUGUGGUAUCCUAGUGGAGAUGGGUGAUCCUUGCCACUCGGAGUUCGUCGACGUCGUCCUCAGCAACGACAAAUUCUAUGCUCGCACCGCUGACUAUCUGAAGAGAAGCCUAAAUGCAUGGAAGCGCUGUAAAUCGAUCGUCAAAGGGCACUGAUGCACCAGGUUCUUGGUAAUAUAGAUGGGUCGCUUGUUAUGUGAGGUUUUGGCAACGUAUGCUCAGAAAACAAAAAUGAUGUAUGUUCAA